UUGCAAUAUGCAGCAGCAGACUUCGCUAACUUACAAAGAAUUGGCCAGAGAGAGAAGGACCUUGCACUCGAAAAAGGUGUCAUGAAAUUCGCCAAGAGUAUCCUCCCUACUCUCGAUAUCCUUCCAUUGGCACUCAAGAGCGUACCAGAGGAAUCACUCACUCCUAAUGAAAGCGCAGAUCGCAAGAACCUUAUCAUCCUCCACGAGGGUCUUGUCAUGUUACAAUCCAACCUCCAGAAAGCACUCAAAGAGAAUGACGUUGAGCCUGUCGAUCCAACAGGAGAGCCAUUCAACCCUGACCACCACGAGGCGCUCUACCAGGCUCCUAUCCCUGGCAAAGAACCAGGCAGUGUUUUGGAAUGCUCAAAACUUGGCUACAGCUAUAAGGGAAGAGUUCUCCGUGCAGCACAAGUCGGUGUUGUACAGGACACUAACUAA